UGGACGCACUUGUACACAGACAGACUCCGACGGAACAGCUAGACAAGUACCAGCUCAGACGUAGUGUGCAUCACUUCUUCAUUUAAACGACCAAAGAGCCUGCCACUUUGCGCGUAUUCGGUCUAAGUUGCUCUUCGCUCUGAAAAUGGGUGCACGAGUUAGCACGGAGCACGUUAGCUAAUGAAAAAAGAAAGAAAAAAAGGAGCCAACUAGCAACAGGCUAAGCUAGCAGCUAAGAGCUGUGUGUCUGCCCGGCGCCCGCAAGGACCAACGGCCUCGGAGGAUGCAAGCUCUUCAGGACAACUUCUUCUACCACUCAGACUCGAGGUUCGGAGCUGAUGGAGGCCUCGAAGCCGAGAGACGACUUUUGGUCGAGGAGCAGAAACUAUGCAAAACCCGAGCUCGCAAGUUUUCCCUGGAAACCAGGCGACGCAGGAAGGCGCUGGAGGAGCGGCGGAGGCAGUGGGACGUGCGGGAGCAGCGGCAGAGAGAGAACAUCCUACAGCAACGCAGGCAGCGCGUACAGGACGCCACAGAGCGCUUCCAGAGAGCCCAUCUACCUCCUUCUCAGAGGCGACGACGAUCUUUCAGAAGAAAUGUUCCAAAUAUUGAAGAAGCCCUCAGUCAAAUUCAAAGCUGUUACACCCGGCAGUCCACUGUCAUGUCCCCCAACUCUUACAUUAACAGAAGCUGCACUCCCUCUCCCAGGCCUCCCACUAUUUCUAAAUCAUCCCAGCACCAAGCUCUCUGUGCUGUGGAGGCCUACACCAAACUGCUGCGGGAGCAGAGCAGGACUUCCUUCAGGAACAGUCGAGAACCCCAAACCACACAGGAGAAGCAACAGAAUCAAAGUCCACAGGACGGCCAGCUGUCUGGUUGCUGUAGUUCUGAGAGCCUUUCGAGUAAGGAUAGUUUGGAGAACGAGGACCCCAACAACCACAGCACAGAUCAUCUACAGUGUUCUUAUUCCUCAGUCUUGCUUGAAUCGGAGCGCCAUCCAACCCAGAGGAAGCAAAGUGAUUUGUUUCCAACAUCAGACCUGACUUUAUCUGCAAUGCUGCUUGUUGGUGAUGACCUCAUCCAAUCCCAAAAGCAGCACAAGCCUGAACAAAAAAGGCAAGAGGGCUCUGAAGGGCCUAACAACAAGGUGCACAUUUCCAAAGCUUCUUGGGGCUUCACAUCUGAGCAGACACCUAAAACAGAGACGCGGCCUUCUCUGAACAACUGCAGUCUGUUUAAGUUUUGUGAAAUUAUCAGCGAAGAGCAAGAAGCAGCGCUGGAUUCUUCACGUCCAAAACAAGAGGCUCUGUUGGAUCUCAGGCAGUCGAGGGUCCAUGAUGACAGACCGUUAAAACAUCCUUCAGCGACAGAAAUUCUUCCGCCUGCCAAAAAUGGCAAUAGCCAAGGGAUUUUGUUUGGGGCUCCCCCAAAGCCAAAUAGUUUCUUAAAUGAUAGCAACACAGAUAAUUCCUCACAAGAAGGAACUCUUGAGCAAACAGGAAAAGACAACCACCCUCUGUCAUCGCAGAAAGAGCCCAGUGCUUCCAUUAACAACCUCAAUACGUUUUCAAACUCCGAGACGACGAAGACGGGGAAGCCCACGCUGCAACACGCGUGCUUGUCUAACAUACGGGCAGAUCCUCUUAAAUGCUUCAAGUGUCCCGAAGAGGACAAACAGAAUUUGCCUCUUUCAGUGGGGACGUUUCGUCCAGUAUGUGGAGUCAGGUUCAUUAAAGGGAUCCUUAAAAAGCAAUCCAAAUACAUGUCAGGAGAUGCUGCCUGUUUCUACGGCUCGGGGCAUUUGAUCUUUGCCAAACAAGUUGCUUUAGCGAUCAGAGAUAGUGUAGAAUUGACCAGGGCGAAGGCGAAGGACGUGGAGCGCAACAGCGCCGUCAAGAAGAAGCUGCGCUGGUUUGAUGAGGUGCACGUUGUUGGAAACAGGGACAAAGAGCAGAUGAAUGCCGAGACCUCCAAUCAUCCUCGAUCAAAGAAAAACCCGGAAGACCACCAGCCGAGUCUCUCUGUUGUCUCAGAGGGCUCCAAGCCUGGACCCAGCAUGACCUCUGGUUAUCACUUUACAAAGCAAGCGUGGGCAGAUGUUGGGGUUCAAGUCAGCUUAUGCCAGGAAUGGGCGGGCGAGGUCAAGGUGCUGCAGAGCGCCACCAGGACUGCUGGCCCCAAGGCCCCGUGGAGGGAGCGCCCUGCCGGUGUCGGAGCGGGUCCUGUUUCCUCGCGAACCAGAAAGGGCACCGUUAUGCGACCUCAAUCUGCCACCGAGGUGACUCGGAUUGCCAAAGCCCAAGGGAGGGUCAUCGCGCCCCGCCCACCCCCUCGGAUGGAGCCGGAGGAGGAAAACACGGCGCGUGUCACCAGGCCUCCAUAUGGCGUCAGCAGUCAACAAGCUGUGGCCGCGGAGCGGGCCCUGCAUAAGGACCCCGUGGGAGGCUUUUCCUCACCGUACGCCCGUCAUCUAAUCAGAACAGAUAGCGCCACUUUGUACACACCGCCCUCGUACGCAUGCCCCGUCGCAGAGGGCAACGCGAAGGGCAGGGCCAGCUCAGGUCACCAGGAAGCUCAGGGCUGCGGCCGAAGGAGAGGGACGGCGUUCAAUGAAAAGGGUCUCUGUUUAGAUUGCACUCCCACAGACGAGGAGAUCUCACAGCUCUGGCACGGGGUCCGCAGCGCCUUGGCCACCAAGGACGCACAACCCACUGUUAGCAGAGAGACAGUGGAGAGUGGGCGGGCUGUGAGGAAACCCUGCAUGGAGCAGAGCCGACAGCCUCCUGGCUCAGGGAACAGGAGGCCUCCCCAGCCCUCUAAGCCAAGAAAACAGUCCACACGGCCAAUCCGGGUGUUUUCCAACACUUACGACGUGGCCUUCACAGAUGACGGAGCGGAGAGUGCAGCCCAGUUACACCUGGCUGAAGUGUAUCCUGCGGUUCGACUGGAGGAAAGAAAUGUUGUUGCUGCCAUGGAAAUGGCCCAAACACGGGGUCCGGCAACGGCGCAGCGGCACAGCCAACAGCAGGGGCUCACCGCGCUUUCCCUGGAAGAGCAGAGAAUCCUCCUCUCCCUGGACAGGCUCAACCAGCAGCUGCACUGUGUGCGGGACCAUGCUGGGAGCGACGCUGCCACGCGAGGCCUCGCACUUAUCGCUGCACCCACUACAAAGGAGACGAAGGUCACGAACCACCACAAGCACCGCGCGGCAUCGGCCAACAGCCGCCCCCGGUACCUGAAGAAAUUCUGAGGUCCGCUGUGGUCUUCGUUCCCCUCAGUGCAUUACACCUCGAGUCAUACGCUGUGAGCGAGCACUUUAUUACCCUGUAAUGCGGUUUAGUCUCCUUUAAAACUAAAACGUGCCUACUGGAGUGUCUCUAGGAUAUAAGCCGUGAUGGACUGCGGAGAAAAAGUAAAGUUAGACAAAAUAAACAGAAUUCUUAAGUUCGUGUGCUUACAUUAAUUUUGUGUGUUUUUGUUGUAUUUUUCAUCUGCCUAGGCAAGAACAGAGUCGCAAAGAAAUGAUGUUAGCUUAUAUUAAGCAUUUUACUAUUAGGCAAUCAAAGUCUUAAGUGCCUAUGACAGUUACACUGACUUUUAUUUUUCAUUUGUUUUAUUUCACAAAUGCAGUUGGCCCUUCUUCUUGACUGCAAAAUGUGCACCGUUAAGAAAUGAUAUUUCUUUUUCCAAAGCUUUCUUACUCUGUAUUUAUUUUAUAUAUUUAAACUAUGAUGUGACGGAAUCUAUUCUGGGACCAUAUUGGCAUGCACUGAUAAAUUGUGUGUGUUUUUGGCAGUGUUAUUAUUGCCUUAGUCACUAAACUGACCACGGACUGGAAAGGGUUCAAAAUAAAGAAGUGUUGCGACAGUGAA